AUGGCGGGAGACAGACGAUGGGCGACCAUCCUGCAAGAGAUUGCCAUCGCGGCAGCCGCUGCCGAGAAGAAGGCUUCUGCUGCCACUAGCCGUCUGUCAUCCAUCUUCGCCAGCGCUCCCGACGACCAUGACGACGAAGACUCGGACGACUAUGACCAAAAGAUGGAAUGGGAGAAGCGCUCCGCCAAUCUGGUCCUUACUCCCUAUGAACAAACCAUCGCCAUGGAAGUCGUUGCGCCUUGGGAAAUCCCCGUCUCGUUCGACGACAUUGGUGGUCUAGACGACAUUAUUGAGGAACUGCGCGAAGCCGUCAUCUACCCUCUCACCAUGCCCCACCUCUACUCUGCUACUAGUUCUCUUCUCUCUGCUCCUUCUGGUGUCCUCCUCUAUGGUCCUCCUGGUUGUGGAAAGACCAUGCUCGCCAAGGCUCUAGCCCACGAAAGUGGUGCCUGCUUCAUCAACCUGCACAUCUCUACUUUGACUGAGAAAUGGUAUGGUGACAGCAACAAGCUCGUCUCUGCCGUUUUCAGUCUUGCCAGAANNAAGCUACAACCUAGUAUCGUCUUUAUCGACGAAAUUGACGCCGUCUUGGGUCAAAGACGCAGCGGAGAACACGAGGCCAGCGGCAUGGUCAAGGCAGAGUACANNUUCAUGACACAAUGGGACGGCCUGACAUCUUCAAACUCCCUCGGCGAAUCCCAGCGCAUCUGUGUGCUAGGAGCAACUAACCGCAUUCAAGACAUUGACGAGGCCAUCCUCCGUCGUCUGCCCAAGAAAUUCCCCGUCUCUCUCCCCUCAGCCUCUCAACGCCGUUCCAUCUUCUCUCUCACUCUCAAAAAUACUCGUCUCUCUCCUCAGUUCGAGCUCGAAACCCUGGUCAAGGUCAGCGCAGGCAUGUCUGGAAGCGACAUCAAGGAAGCCUGCAGAGACGCCGCCAUGGUCCCCGUCAGAGAAUACAUCCGCGAGGCAAAGUCGCGCGGUGCAAACAUGAAGGGCGUAAAAGCCGAAGACGUCAGAGGCCUACACACCGACGACUUUUUCGGCAGAAAAGGCGGUGCAUUGCAAAUGAGGCGGCAACCCGAAGUCGACGAGUGGGAGGACUCGAGAGCCAGUCCAGAAACCAUGUCGGAAUCUGAUGACGACCCGCAAACCUCUGUGCCGGUAUAA